UUGAUUUUGUUUUUUCUUCUUAAUUAAACUCAUUUUAUUACUAUUUCUUGUGCUCUCCGUCAACUAUAUAGUAGUAUAUAUUAUAGAUAUAAUAUAGUAUAGUUUUAUGAUUUUUAUUUGGCUUCUCGCAAUUUCAGAACUUCAAGAAAGUAGUAAUUUGUAGUAGCCAAAGCCAUGUGUUGCUGUUGUGGUGAGGACUGUAAAUUUAGGCCUCUUGGGUUUCUCUUAGGUCUUCCUUUUGCUUUCUUGUCUCUCAUAAUCUCCUUUGUAGGUGUGAUUGUUUGGAUUGUUGGGUUGACUUUGACAUGCAUAUGUCCAUGUUGCCUUUGUGUGACACUCAUAGUUGAGUUUGCUCUGGUUCUCAUCAAGGCUCCAAUUAAGGUUAUGGAAUGGUUCAUCUCCAAGAUUCCAUGUUAGAGAUAAAUAUUUGUAUUUGUGUAAGACUUUGAUUUGAGGUCAUGGUGUUAAUUUUUGUACUAUUCUUUGCUUGAUUAUUAUCUUUUAAUUUCAUUCAUUUAUGCAUUUGUUUGAUCAUGUCCAAAUGAAAUAGUAGGCAUGGGACUACUCUCCUUGACCUAUAAUGAAUU